AGCCCCUCUCCGGCGCCUCGGGGUGUCAUUCUCGCCAGCGAGUCUGCCCAGCCAUGAGCCCCGGGCCUGGCUGCCUCCUGCCGCUGCUCUGGCUCUGCGCCCUCAGCCGGCCCGGGCUGAGCCAGGGCCCCACCGCCCCCAACGCCUCCAGGCCUGUGUUCCUGUGCGGGGGGGAGCACUCUGGGGAUGCGGGGUACGUCGCCAGUGAGGGGUUCCCCAACUUCUACCCCCCAAACAGUGACUGCACCUGGACCAUCACAGUGCCAGAGGGGCAAGUGGUGAUGUUGACCUUCCGGGUGCUGGACCUGGAGCCUGACUCCAGCUGCCGCCACGACUUCCUGGAGGUGCUGAGUGGGGCCCAGCGCCUGGCACGUGUGUGCGGGACCCUGAGGCCUGGCACCAUCCUCACGCCCGGGCGCCGUGUGCAGCUGCGCAUGGUCAGCGACGAGGCCACCAGUGGCCGCGGCUUCCUGCUCUGGUUCUCCGGCGCCCUGCCCCAUGUCAACGGGCCCAGGCGGCGGCGCCCGGGGUCAAAGGUUAGAGCCCCCCGGGUGCUAGGGGAGAGCUGGGACUAUUGGAGCGACCAGCAGUUCUGCGGGGGGCGCCUGGAGAAGCCCCAGGGCACCAUCAAGACCCCGAACUGGCCUGAGAGCGACUACCCGGCUGGCAUCAGCUGCUCCUGGCACAUCAUUGCCCCCCCUGGCAAGGUGAUCGAGCUGACCUGGGGCAAGUUCGACGUGGAGGCCGACACCUACUGCCGCUACGACUACGUCAGCGUCUUCCAGGGCGGGCAAAGUGAUGACGCGCGGCGUGUGGGGCGCUUCUGCGGCGACACCAGCCCUGUCCCUAUCAUCUCGGAGGGCCGGGAGCUGCUGGUCCAGUUCGUCUCGGACCUGAGUGUCACAGCCGACGGCUUCGCUGCCACCUAUGCUGCUCGCGACCCCGAGGAGCUGGCUGAGCGUGGCCCCUCACCUGUCGCGCCCCCUCCUCUGCCCCCCGUCCCCGAGCCAGGCACUGGCAAGGGCAAGGGUGGCAAAGACCCCGGCAAAGCCAAGCCACCCCCCACAGCCCCGGCCCCUCCCCCGCUGGCUCCUGAGGGGCAGCUGCCCAGCACCGUCCCCACAGGCCCCAUCGCCUGCCCCAAGACCUGCCGGCGGACGGGGACCCUCCAGAGUAACUUCUGUGCUAGCGACUUCGUGCUCACUGGGACUGUGAAGGCCGUGACCCGAGGCCCCGGUGAGGGCGUCACAGCAACUGUCGCCGUGGUGACUGUCUACAAGGCCGGAGCCUUGGCGCUGCCCCAGCCCCACAAGGGGGCGUCGCUGCGCCUGGCCGUGCCCUGUCGCCAGUGCCCCCAGCUCAAGAAAGGCGCCAGCUACAUCCUGAUGGGGCAGCUGGACACUGGGGGCCCCUGGCUGCCCCCCGAGAGCUUUGUGGUGCAGUUCCGGCCCCCCCAGCACCAGGUCCUCACCAACCUCAGCAAGCGGUCGUGCCUCCCACGCCCCCAGGGCUGACCUCCGGCUCCUCAGCCUCCCCUGGUGUGAUGGGGGAUCCAGCCCCAUCUGCUCUGUGUAUGCGAAUAAAGGGAAAAAACCCCA